UCUGAGAGCCCCUCCUUCCUCGGGGACCCUGAUGUGCGCCGAGCUUUAACCCUGGGUGAGCUAGUCCUGCGAUGCCCCAGGCACUUCGGGACCCCACCUCAGUUCGUGCUGUGCCCUCUCCCUGGGAUGGCGCCUACACCCAGUGGAGGCACUCUCAUCCUUCAAGACCGUCUGAGUGACAUCCUUUUGGGGAAACCUAGCAGCCCCGUGACCCUCUGAGCCUCAGCUUCUGCCCACAUCAACUGUGCCUCAGCUGUUCAUUUUCCUGAUUCCAGAGUGACUGACUGGAACCCCAGGAAUGCUCGCCGUACGCAGCCCACCUCUACGACGCAGAGGACCCGUCCACGCCCCUGCGGACGGUGCCAGGGCUCUGCGAGGACUACUGCCUGGACAUGUGGCAGACAUGCCGGGGUCUCUUCCGCCACCUCUCGCCGGAUCGCGAGCUCUGGGCGCUGGAAGGCAACCGCGCCAAGUUCUGCCACUACCUGUCCCUGGACGACGAGGACUACUGCUUUCCGCGCCUGCUGGUCAACGAGAACCUCAACUCCAACCUGGGCCGGGUGGUGGCCGACGCCAAGGGCUGCCUGCAGCUGUGCCUGGAGGAGGUGGCCAAUGGGCUGCGCAACCCCGUGGCCAUGGUCCACGCCCGGGACGGCACCCACCGCUUCUUUGUGGCCGAGCAGGUGGGGCUGGUGUGGGCCUACUUGCCCGACCGCUCGCGGCUGGAGAAGCCCUUCCUGAACAUCAGCCGCGCGGUGCUCACCUCGCCCUGGGAGGGCGACGAGCGGGGCUUCCUGGGCCUCGCCUUCCACCCCGGCUUCCGGCACAACGGCAAGCUCUACGUCUACUACUCCGUGGGCGACGACGACUUCCGAGAGUGGAUCCGCAUCAGCGAGUUCCGGGUCUCGGAGGAUGACGUCAACACCGUGGACCACGGCUCGGAGAGGAUAAUCCUGGAGAUUGAAGAACCAGCCUCAAACCAUAACGGGGGCCAGCUGCUCUUUGGAGAUGAUGGAUACCUCUACAUCUUUACUGGAGAUGGUGGGAUGGCUGGAGACCCGUUUGGAAAGUUUGGAAAUGCCCAAAACAAGUCGGCGCUGCUGGGCAAAGUGCUGCGCAUCGACGUGAACCGCAACGAGCGCGGCCCUCUCUACCGCAUCCCUCCCGACAACCCGUUCGUGGGCGACCCCGCCGCGCGGCCCGAGGUCUACGCGCUGGGGGUGCGCAACAUGUGGCGCUGCUCCUUCGACCGCGGCGACCCGGCGACGGAUGCGGGCCGUGGACGCCUCUUCUGUGGCGACGUGGGCCAGAACAAGUUCGAGGAGGUGGACCUGGUGGAGCGCGGCCGCAACUAUGGCUGGCGCGCCCGCGAGGGCUUCGAGUGCUACGACCGCAAGCUGUGCGCCAACGCCUCCCUCGAUGAUGUGCUGCCGAUAUUCGCCUACCCGCACAAACUGGGCAAGUCGGUCACCGGGGGCUAUGUGUACCGGGGCUGCGAGUACCCCAACCUGAACGGACUCUACAUUUUCGGAGAUUUCAUGAGCGGGCGUCUGAUGUCCCUCCGAGAGAACCUGGGGACAAGCCAGUGGCGGUACAGCGAGAUCUGCAUGGGCCGUGGCCAGACCUGCCAGUUCCCAGGCCUCAUCAACAACUACUACCCGCACAUCAUCUCCUUCGCAGAGGACGAGGCCGGGGAGCUGUACUUCAUGUCAACAGGCAUGCCGAGUGCCACAGCGGCACACGGGGUGGUCUACAAAAUGAUCGACCCCUCCAGACGGGCACCACCCGGCAAGUGUCAGAUCCAGCCCGCCCAGGUGAAGGUCAGGAGCCGCCUCAUCCACUUCGUGCCCAAAGAAAAGUUCAUCCGGACGACUGAGAGCAACCGGAGGCCGACAGCGCGUACGCCCACCAAGGCUCCCCGCCGCAGCCACCCCACGGCCGCUCGGCCCGCGCCCACCCCGCGGGCCACCCGGCGUCCCGGGCGCCGGCGGGGCGGCAGGCGGCGGGGACGGCCGGGCACAGAUGACCCCGAGCCCUCCGACGGCGCCGUGCGCCUGGUGCGGCCGGCGGGCCUGAGUCCGGGCCGCGGGCGCGUGGAGGUGUUCGCGGGCGGACGCUGGGGCACCGUGUGCGACGACGCAUGGGACAUCAAGGCCGCCGCCGUUGUGUGCCGCCAGCUGGGCUUUGCUUAUGCGGUGCGGGCGGCCAAGCGCGCCGAGUUCGGCGAGGGCCGCACGCUGCCCAUCCUGCUGGAUGACGUGCGCUGCGCGGGAGGCGAGCGCAACCUGCUGCAGUGCGCGCACGCAGGCCUGGGCUCGCACAACUGCGACCACCAGGAGGACGCCGGUGUCGUGUGCAGCCGCGAGGACCCAGAUCUGUAGGCGAGCAUCGUCUGUCCGGCCUGGCCUUCCUUCUCCCGUCCGGAGCCUGGGACGCGCCUGGUGCGCGCACACGAAUCCGAGGGUAUAGGGGGCGGCGGGUGGUGGCAUAGGGGUGGCUCAUCUGUAAUGCUGUCCUGUGGAUGCAUGUGAGAUGGUGCACGCCUAUUCUGUGUUCCUGGCCACGUGUCUUCUACAACUUGGAACUGGCAGUGUGUGUUGGGAUCCCUGAGGUCCCUGUGGGUGUGUGAUCGUGGGUUCCAGGUGUUCUUUUCUUACCUCCAAGCAUCUCAAGCAGCAGCAGGAACACAGUUUGACAGAACUCUGAGCUCUGAGGGCAGCCACCCUUCAAGCACAGAUAUGCCCCCUGGCUGCAUUAACAGAGGCAUAGCUGGUGUGUGGAGGGAGUGGAUAAGGCCUGCCCUGCCCAGAGGGGAGUGGAAGGCCCUAGAGUGUGGACCCGUAGCCUGGAAAAGUUGCUGAAGAAAACAUGAAGGCAUCUAGUGGGGCCGAGGGAAGCCAACAGACUGAUGGGUCCAGGGUGACCUGUGCACUGCGACUGUAUCGGCCAGGGUCAGGCUGCCUGGGAGGAAGCGAGUGCCUGGGGAGGGCUGGCAGGGAAGACUGGAUGACUUCAAGGAGACACCUCCUGGUCAUCUUGGACCUCCUUAUCAUGCUGGGCCCAUGUGGGUGCUCUGGGGACUGUGCUGGGUGGUCUCCCCCAGCCCUGAGGCCUGACCCUCCCCUGCUCCCAGGUACGGAAACCACCAUGCUGGCUGGGUAGGGCUUCCAUGCAGUUACACCAAGCCACAUGGUCCUUGGUGAGGCUUCAAGUUUCUCCAUUUUCAAGACUGUGCCAGGGCCACCUCUGCCAUCUCCAUCCCCACCCCUGCUCAGUGAAAUCUCUGAUUCCUUCAGCCCGACCCUGGGGGUCGAGCAAGCUGUGGAUCCACUGAGACUACUGAUGUUCUGUCACCCAGUGCUGCGCCAAAAACGUGACUGUUUACAAAUCCCUUCCUGCCUUUUCUGUCUGACUCACACCUGCCUGGAAGCUGGGAUGGGGGUGGGAGAAGGAGGCUGGGCCUGCAGCCUCCCUCCUGCUCACAGGUGGAAGUUGUUUUGCCCACUAAGGGCCUCUACCUUAACUCAUGCCAGGCCUGUCAAGGGGCAUUGAGUAUGGCUGGGCUCAGCCUCGGAUAGGGGGCCGGGAGGGUAAGCAGAUAGCUGGUCUCUAUGCAGUGAGAACAGGAUAUUGCCCAUGUAGGGGCACUGAGAGGGCUCUGGGUGGGGCAUUCCAACCCAACCUGGCUGUUGUCCUGGGAGAUGAGCUGGCGCUAGGGGUGGUGUGCCUGGCAGAGGAAAUGGUGCAGGCAGAAGUCUGGUGGGGUCUCCCAGCUGAGUGUGGAGUAUGGGAUCACCCUCUCGAACUCCUCCUACCUCUGCUCUGAGUGGGGCUAGCACAGGCCCCAAACCUUUGUGGCGUGUCUAACCCUGUUGAGCCCCGCAUGGAAACCACCAUUAACCCUGCACUGAGUGUGGCCUGUGUGCUGGCAUUGUUGUAAGAACCAUGCAGCAUGCCUGAACUCAUUCAAUCCUCAAAACAACCCUCUUCUUCCCCUUUUACAGAUGGGGAAACAGAGGUGCACAGAGCCUAAGUAUCUUAGUUGAGAUCUCCCAGCCAGGGAGGGAGAAGCCAGAUUUGAACACAAGCUGCCUAGCCCUAGCCCCUGCCAGCACCCUAACCACCGAACUCCCUGGCUAUACCCGCAGAAAGUCUCCACUUGGCCCAGGGUCCCCACCCACUGUUGGCUGCCAGUCUUGCUGGAAAGAGCUGAUGGAGACCCCUGUGGGCCGCUUCUGCCAAGCAGGUGGCUGUGCAGCCUCCCACUGCCCAGUGGGUAGUAGACUGAGCAUGUCCCCUGGAUGCAGGGAAAUCCUGAAGUGUUAGGAGGUGGGAGGGCUUUUUUGUCCAGGCCAAACUCCUCACUGUGCAGAUGGGGAAAUGAACCUAGGAGGCUAGUGUCCCUGGCCUUUCUAAGACAGGGCCGAGCUAAGACUAGAGCCCAGGGAAGGUGGGGUGGCCCUCAGGGCCCUCAGAGCAGGGUCGCGCCAUGGCCCUGCCCAGCAGGAGGACCAGAGCUAUUGGUCCCUCUGGCUUGGAGCCAGGGGAUGGGUUGCAGUAGCCUCUGGCUCCUCUUCCCAGGGCUCCUAUGCCCUCUUCCCUGCCCCUCCCCACACUGAGGAGCUCCAAGGCCUGGAGGACAUGAUGCCACAAGGUGAGGCCCAGGGGGUGGGGUGGAAGUAACGAGGGUACCUCCCACUGCCCCUCAGCACCCACAGUGGGGGGCCACCAUCUGAGGCCCCUGGCAUCUUCCCCAAGUGGUGGGGUGGAGUGGUCCAGCCCUCAGCUGGUCCCUGAGCAUCACUGUUGUCUGUUGGAGCAACUGGGGAGGUUCCAGGCCCCAUCUGACUCCUCUGGGCAGGGCCCACCCAUUCUCCAGGCAGGAUGCUCCUCCACCCUAACCCACAGACCUAGCACCACUCAACUCCAAAUGAGGCUGAGGCUGAGGCUGCGGCCUGAAUCCUGAGAAGGAGGCUCACGCUGACUCCCUGCUCUUUCAAUAGUAAUAGCAAGGGCAGGUAGCAGACCCUGGCUGGGCACCUACUAUGCUAGGCACCGUUCUAAAGGUUUUACAUAUUAUUCAUUCAUUUAUCCUCAUGUGAACUCUACGAGGCAGGUGCUAUGGCACCCCCUCCCACACACGGUUUACAGAUGUGGAAGCCGAGGCCCAGGAGGGCUUAGUUACUUGCCAAAUGUCACACAGCCAGUAUGUGAAACCAGGCAGUCUGGCUCCAGAGCCCCAGCUGGGGGCUGCCACACUGUGCUGCCUCAGGAAAACGGAAUUCAGUAUCCCCCUCACUGGGCCUCUUCAUCGUGCACGUGGGGACACAAGCCCAGAAAGGGGCAGGAUUAAGUGCAGACUCCUGUCCAGUCUGUGCAUGCCACCAUCUGCCUGUAAGCGGAGGGAGCAUUCACAAGUGACUGUCCCCAGGGACUCUGACCCUGCCUCAGAGUCCUCCCAAGUCUCUGCAGAUGGAGGCUGGUCUGCUCUCCACAGGCCUCUGCCCUCACCUGUCUAACCUGGCCUCCAGUCAGCACCUGGUGUGAUCUCUCUCUGAACCUGACCCAGAGAGGGGUUGCUUCUGGCCAGAGUCACACAGCUUAGUUCUGGAGCCCUCGGAGCCAAUGCUGCAGGGAUGUCCCACAUGUGGCCCAGCGCCCAGGACUGCAUCCCUGGUGUCAGCUUCAGGUACAGCAUUCCAGGUCCCUGGCCGGGCCUCAUCUGUUCCUUGUUCACCUGCAUGCCUCUGGCAAGCCCUAACUGGGCUGGGCCCUGGGUGGCCGCAUUUCUCCUCUGAUGACAGGAAAGGCCUACUGUCCCUGGCAGUCCUGACAGCUACAGUCAGUGGCUGAAGGCAAGCAAUCUAGGGGGCAACCUCCAGCUCCCCAAGGCAUUCCUGAGUUUACACCUUGCAAAUGCUUGGCUAGGAGAUGAUGCCUGGAAUGCUAGAAAUUGGGGUUCCAGCUUUGGCUGUGUGACCUUGGGAAGGUCAUUUAACCUUCUGAGCCCCACUGGAAAACAGAAAUAAUCAGCAGGAUUAUUGGAAGAAAAAUGAGGUAACAUUGACAAACGUGCCCAGGCUGUUCCACAUUUCUUCUUGGACAGAAAGCUCAGUGGCAGGCUGGUGGUGUCCACACCGGCAGCUGCCAGCUACACGAGACAGAGUGGGGAGAGGUAUGCCGUGUGGAGGGACCAGCAAGAGAAUGACCUAGUGACAAAUCUUCAAAAUGGGAGGAAGAUGAGCCCUUUCAGCUAACGUGUAGAACACACAUCUUCUUGUCCUCUCACCCCUCCCUGCUAAGAACUAGCAUUUAUUGAUGACUUACUAUAUGCCAGAUGCCUCUGGUGUGCAGGGUUAUUUAAUCUUCACAAUUAUCUCAUAAGGCACCCCCGACACUGGAGACAAAAAAAAAAGUUGCCUGUCAUUCCAGUCAACAACGAAUGCCCGCCAUCAAGCCAUCAGCCAUCGUAGCCCUGCCACGGUGCGCUCUGAAGGGAAUUCAGGAUGGAGAGAAGAACAGGAUGCUGGACCUAAAUAGUUAAGAUGCAUAUCUAAGGAGUAAUUGCAAUGAGCCCGGACUCUUGCAUCUUCCUAUACACAGAAAAGCACUAACAUCAUUAACCUGAGAUGUCUGGUUUUGUAAUUAGCAGUAAUCUUUUGACCUUCGACUACAUGUUUUUUAUUUUCAGCAAAAACUCCUAUAUUUCCUGGCUCCUCCUUUACCUCUUUGGAACAGUUCCUCGGAGCUAUCUGAGAGGCUGUCUCCCAGGCUAUAGUCUUCAGUAUGGUCCUCGAAUAAAACAAAACUCCCAACUUC